AUGCGAUUUGCGCAAGUCCUUAGCGCAGGACUGCUCCAUCUCCCAGUUGCGUCCUGCCAGACAGUCGCCGGUCCAGAGCUUGCGAAUGCAACACUGCCAGCCAAUAACAGUGCGGCUGCUCUCAUCUCUCAAGCCCUCAGAACCCUCGAAAAGAUCAACUUAGCUCGAUUUGAGAGCCCAGUUUUCAAUAAAUACGAGUUCAAGCUGCAAGAGGAAGACGCGGCAGGCUCGAGCAAGCUUGCCCAACCACUGCGAUACUUGCCAGACGAGAAGCAUGCUGUCAGGCGGAGCAACAUAACCUCUGACGGCACGCAAAACGUUACAAGCUACACGAUUCCGGAUGAGCUCAGACAGGCAGCCCGGGAUCUUGCCGAGUCGACGGCGCAGGUUCCCUCUGGCGAUCAUGAGCAGAUUGCAAGGGAGAUGCGAGAGAAGUAUAGCUCUGGAAUGACAAAUGAUACCGAGGUUCCCCAAAGCUUAGACGCUCCAGAAGGACGACUGUCCGUCUUUGCAGAUGAUGCAGCUGGCGUUGGAAAACGUGACACCGGGUAUUGGUUGAUUGACGACCAGAGCUUUCCUGGUCAAAGCCCGUUCGCGCCUGCUGGCUACAGAGUCUGGAGAAACGUGAAAGACUAUGGAGCCAAAGGUGAUGGCAAAGCCGAUGAUACAGAAGCAAUCAACAGGGCAAUUGCCAACGGCGGCAGAUGUGGUCCGGACUGCGGCUCCAGUACCAUCUAUCCUGCUGUCGUGUAUUUUCCGUCAGGCACCUACCUUGUUAGCAGCCCUAUCAUCCAGUACUACAAUACACAGCUUCUAGGUGACCCCAAGAACGUGCCAACCAUCCUCGCUGCCCAAAGCUUCGUCGGCCUAGGCGUCAUUACUAGCAACGUCUAUGUUGGAGACGACAUUGGCUGGUAUUUAAACACAAACAACUUCCUGCGCAGCGUUAAGAAUUUCAAAAUGGAUAUCCGUCUUACGGAGCGCCGGGCAUACAUCUGCGCGAUCCAUUGGCAGGUCGCGCAGGGCACGUCGCUCGAAAAUAUUGAGUUUUACAUGCUGUACAAUUCAGAUUACCCAGACAACACACAGCAGGGGAUCUACAUGGAAAAUGGUUCCGGCGGCUUCCUGUCAGAGCUUGUCUUUGUCGGUGGCAACUUCGGAGCGUACUUUGGCAACCAGCAAUUUACGACUAGCCAUUUGGUCUUUGCCCGAAGCAACACAGCGCUUCAGGUACACUGGGACUGGGCAUGGACUAUGCAAGAUUUCAUCAUCGAAAGCUGCACGCGCGGAUUGGUGAUCACAGGUGGCGCGGGCGGUUCCCACAGCACCGGCCAAGGCGUCGGGUCGCUGCUGCUAACCGACACUAUCAUCGCCAAUACCCCGGCCGGAAUCGUCACAUCUCUGCAGGCCGAUAGCUCGACCUCAUUUCUCAUGCAAAACGUGGGCUUCUUCAAUGUCACGGCCGCAGUCAAGGAUACCGUCAAGAAUCGCGAUCUGCUGGCCGGCGGACAGGAGGUGCACGUUCCCAGCUGGGGGUUCGGUCGCGUCACAGACGCCAAGGGAACGAGCCGUUUCGUUGAUGCGGACUACAUCCCCGCGAUGAACCGCAGCGAGGAGCUUCUUGGAAGCGCAUACGAUAAGAUGCAGCGCAACCUCUUCACGCGUCGUCGGCCAAAGUACUACGACGUUCCACGCAAUAAGAUUAUGAAUGUUCGGCAGCUCGGCGCAAAGGGCGACGGGAAAACAGACGACACCUACGUUUUGAACGCCAUUCUCCAAGGGGCAGCCAAUACAUCAUCUGUUGUGUAUUUCCCCUUUGGAGUGUAUCUGGUGAGGGACACGGUGAAAUUCCCAAUCGGCUCUAGAGUAAUAGGUCAGGCUUGGUCGCAGAUCAUGGCAACGGGCGCAAAGUUUGAGAAUGAAGCAGAGCCUCGUGCGGUUGUCCAGGUUGGAGAGCCUGGAGAACGUGGAAUCAUUGAGAUCCAGGAUAUGAUGGUGACGGUCUCUGGCGCGACUGCAGGCGCCGUCCUCAUGGAAUGGAAUGCUCAAGAGUCAAGCAAAGGAUCAGUGGGAAUGUGGGAUUCUCACUUUCGCGUGGGAGGUGCAAUUGGGUCUAAGCUGCAGAAAGCCCAGUGCCCCAAACUCACCGGAGCGGUCAAUGCGCAAUGCAAGGCCGCCUCGCUUCUGCUUCAUCUAAAACCCGAGUCAACAGCAUAUCUCGAAAAUAUCGACAUUUACGUUGGGCGUGGCAUUCUCAUCGAAAGUCAGCGAGCUUGGCUGUGGGGGACGGCCUCGGAGCACGCUGUCUUUUAUCAGUAUCAGCUUUCGGGUGCUAAAAACAUCUUGAUGGGAAUGAUACAGACAGAGUCACCGUAUUAUCAACCUUCUCCAAUGGCACCACAGCCAUUCAAGGCUGGAACAUUUCCCAACGAUCCGACCUUUAGUGAUUGCAGCCCAACCGACUUGCGCUGUGCCUCCUCUUGGGCCGUUCGCCUGAUCGACUCGUCAUCCAUUUACAUGCUCGGUUCUGGAUUGUACUCGUGGUUUUCCCAAUAUUCACAAGAUUGCUUAAAGACGGAAGACUGCCAAGCUCGUGCAAUCGAUAUUCAGAACAGCCAUGACAUCUGGAUAUACAACCUUUGCACAAAGGCCAUUGUCGAGAUGGUGUCACCGCUCGGCGCUGUGCCGACAUACGCCAAAGAUAAUAUCAAUGGUUUCCUCUCUUCUAUUCUGGCGUGGCUCCAGGGCUCCAAGGAAGUCAGUGGCAGGUACAAGUUUCCUGGAUUUGAGGUUUACACCGCCGACGGGUUGCAGAAUGUCCCACUACCCGAUCUUUGCAAGUCCGCCUUGACUUCCAAGAUUCUAUGUGUCGACUUGGUCUCCUCGUUCGCUGAACCGCAGUAUCGCGGCUCACUAUCAAGUGCGAAGCUGAUGGACGCCGUCUGUGAUGAAGGAUGCGGGCUGUCCUUGAAGUCCUGGUUUGACAACGUCAACGAUAACUGCAAUGGCUACAACAUCUCCAGUCAGAUUCCCACCUUGCUUGGUGGACGCAUGUGGGCGGGAGUCAAUGAAACCUGUUCCAAGGAUCCAAAGUCGGACCGUUAUUGCAACGAUAUCAUUAGGGAUUUCACGCUCGUCAGCGAUGUGCAGAGCAUGCCACAGAACGAGCUUUGUUCAGACUGCUACGCCGGUCGCCUUCGGAUGAUGCAACGUUCGUCCUACUCCAUUUAUGGCGAAAUGUACAAAGAUUCGCUCGAUUUCGUUGUGAAAAAGUGUGGAAUCAAGUCCGACACAUCCAUCCCUCCAUCGGUCGCUCCGCCGGCGGAGAUUCCAAGGUCUGACCUCUGCGUAUCGCAGCAGUGGUAUGAAGUACCUGACAAUGGCCAGUCCUGUGACUCCAUUGCGUUGUCCAAAAAUGUCUCUUCAGCGGCACUGUAUGGCACGAAUCCAACCAUUGCCAAUUGCAGCGCUAUUCAGCCGGGACUCAAAAUUUGUUUGCCCCUCAGCUGCGCCCAUGUCUACAAAGUUCAACCCGAUGAUACCUGCAGCAGCAUAGAGGCUAACUACAUACUUGGUGAGCUUCCAGGUAGCCUUCGACACUACAAUUCAUGGCUCUACUUUGAUUGCAGCAACCUCCACACCGCUGCUUCCGCGUUAGGGCGGGUCGUCUGUCUCGCGCCGCAGAAUGGACAGUUCAACAGCACAGUCGGGUCUCCCGUUGCGCCGAAGCAAGCAGAUGGAUAUGCGAAUACAGUCAUUCCUCCUCCAGACAGUGGUGUAGUUGCGAAGAACACGACCAGGAGGUGUGGGCGAUGGCACGUUGCCGACAAGGACGAUGACUGCGUUUCGAUCUGCUUGAAAAACAAGAUUGACAUUUCCCUUUUCCUGAAAGUCAAUCCCUCCCUCAGUACACAGGACUGCACCGCCACACUGGUGAGGUCCUAUGCAUACUGCGCAGGGCCUGUGCACGAUUGGGAUGCUCAGAUCCAACCACCCACACCCUCGAUUGAUCGACCCAACGACGGGCCAGAGUAUUGGACCUCAUACGGCGGCGAGUUCCGUAUCGUAAAGCGUGAGAUAACUGGCAAGUACUCUGAAGGCGGCAGAGCCAUACACCAAAUACCGUUCGCGGACUUCACGCUGGACGUGUAUACGCGAGUAGAGCGUGGUGGUAACAGUGGUGUCGUCUUCCGUGACCAGGCCACCGUCCGCGGCGAUACUAGUUUCCGGGGAUACUACUUUGGUAUCUCGACAGACGGCUACGCGGUCCUUGGAUACGAGAACAAUGGUUGGAGAGAUCUUGCCAAGGUGCCAGCCACCAUUAAGGACUCUUCCAAAGGAAUUCAUCGUCUUGGAGUAGUGGCGCGAGGAGAUCUCAUUUCUGUCUACCUGGAUGAUGCCGCAAUGAAAAAUCCAAUCAUGCAAGUCAGAGACGGGACUUACAAGGACGGUAGGGUUGGGGUGCGUGUGUAUAAGACGUCAGCCGCGUGGGCCGACGUCACGGUUCGAUACGUCUAG